AAUACCCGGGAGCUGUGAUAUAAGUUCAGAAUAGCUGGUAAGGUGUGUGUGAAGGAACAGUAAGAUGUGUGAGGUGUGUAAAGGACGAUAAUGAAAGUUUGUUUUGUUAGUCCAUGUGACAGGAAUCAAGGCUAAGGUAUUUUCAUUUUUUUUCUUAUUUUUCAUUGUUUUUUACGCAAAAGUACUAUGUAUACAUGGUUGUAAUAAGCAAAUACUGUUGUUCUGGUAUCUGUGAUUUGCCAGGGACGUGUGGUUAUUUCAAGUAAUCAUUGUUUUGUCCUGAAAAAGAGUCGUGUGCCGGGUGUUGUAUUUUUUGCAGUACUUAUAAAAGUCGUAAGGCUAUGAAUCUGUCAUAAGCCUUCAAAAGUUGCGGAUAUUUAAAAAAAAAAAAAUCGUAAAACAGUCUAAAUCUAUCAAUAAGCGCUAUGAAAUUUUCAUAAGGCUAAAGAAUCGUCCGUAUGCCAACAUGGCCGAGCAACAAGUCCGGUGUGCCCCAGCCGAGGGAAUUUCGAGAGAAAAGACGUUCUCAAUGAACUGAGCAAUGCUGAACUUAUUAAGAGAUAUAGACAGGGCUAUGGAGAUAUUGUGUUUGUUACAGACUUGGUGCGGCCAGCAUUGUUAAACCAACAAAGGACUCUCUCCAGAGAUGAAUGAUGAUAACAUUAAGGUACCUUGCUGCAGGAAAAAUGCAAAUGUGCAGUGUAGACAAGUUGGGAGUGUUGCAGCAAACUGUAAGCAGGGUUGUGACAGAAACAGAGGAUACUUUGUGUGCACAUGAUAUCCUCACAAGGUUUAUCAAAUUCCCCUGCCACUGAAGUUCUUCAGCAGAAAAAAGACAGAAUUCCAAGAAAUUGAUGGAUUUCCCCAAGUAGUUGGUGCUGUUGAUGGAACUCAUAAGAAUUAUGAGACCAAGGGGGCUUGAGUUUGAGUUUGAAUUCAUAAAUAGAAAAGAUAUCACAUCAACAACAUUCAGGUAAUAUUUGAUGCUAAGUACAAGAUCGUUGACUUAGAUACGAAGUGGCCGGGGGUCAGUGCAUGAGUCUCGAAUCUUGAAUGAAAGUGGCAUCAAGAGAAACUUUGAAAAUGGCACUAUUCCAGCUGGGUGCCACCUGCUUGGAGAUAGUGACUAUGGGCAGCAACACAUGGCUACUUGACUCCAUACCUGCGACCUCAGCCCUGGCUACCAGUCACAUUACAGUAGAGCUUGCAAGAAGAUAAGAAGUGUGGUGGAGAAGGGAACAAGCCAAUGGAAGCAAAGAUUUCACGUACUUCAUAGCGAAAUCCAUGUGACACUGCCUGCAAAAUAUGCAAGAUUAUUUUUGCUUGUGCUGUGUUACACAACAUUGCAAGGACAGAAAUAUCCAAAUAGUGUUGGAAGAUGACCAGCAACCUGCAGAGGACAACAUCCAAAUGGCAGCCAUUGAUGGAGAGGAUGGCAAUGUUGAUAGAGCCGAGCUAGCACCUGCACUGUCCCAUGCAUUGCUCCACAGGGAUGCCUUUGCCAGACUACAUUUCAACCAUGAACGCUAAGGACCAUCAGAAUCCAGCAGAUCAGUGGGAAUGAAUUAUCAUGUAAAGGGUUUCUAUACUCUCAAUAGAAACUAUUCCAGGCUGACUGGCAGUUGCUGCUGCUGCCAUCACCACUGCUGCAACACCCUUGCCAGCAUCAUCACUGGAGCUCACCUUGCUGACACUAAGGAAGAAAAUUUUUAAUUAGUGAUCAAAUUUUGAGCAGAAUAAAGGUGUGAGAAGGUGACCAUGAGCACUGAUGGGGACACAGAGCCACCUGAAAGAAGUGACACUAACCAGGGACAAGAGGCUCCUCAGAGUAGCCCAAAAGAUGUCUGUGAGCAGGAACCUGGCAGCCCACAGGUCCAUGCUGCAGUGCCCAUGCCCCCUGGCAGCAAGCAGGGUGUGGUUGACCUGCGCAAGCUAAACACAGAGGAGCUGCGGUGCAUCAAGCCCUCAGACAACACCGUCAACCCCUUCGCCAACAUGAAGAUCCAAGACUCAAGUUUCCUUGAUGAGAUUGAUGACCGCAGCAACUGUGCCAAAUGUAGCAAAUCCAGAAAGUAUUUCUGCUACACCUGCUAUGUGCCACUGCCCUGUAUAGCAGAGCGCAUCCCCUCCUUGCAGCUGCCCUUCAAGAUUGACAUUAUCAAACACCCCCGGGAGAUUGCCGGCAAGAGCACUGCCGUGCACGCCGCCGUGCUGUGCCCUGAGGACGUCACCAUCUAUACUCACCCUGCCCUGCCGGACUACUCCACCCACACCAAUGAUGUGGUGCUCAUAUUCCCAGAGAAGGGAGCGAUGGGGGUGAAGGAGCUGCUGCAUCCCCUCGGCCCACCAUCCCAGAAGCGCCCUCGGCCACACCUGCCAUUCUCCAAGGUGGUGUUCAUAGACUGCACCUGGAACCAGACUCGAAGGAUCUACUGCGACGAGAGAGUUAGAGGUCUGCGUUGCGUUGAGUUGGACCAGCACGAGACUCUCUUCUGGCGGUACCAGCGAGGGAAGCCCAAGACAUACCUGGCCACCAUAGAGGCCAUUUACUACUUCUUGGUGGAGGUGCACAAUGCCACCGCCACCACACCUUACCACGGAGAGUACGAUGAUCUCCUCUUCUUCUUCAAGUUUAUGUAUGAGAAGAUCCAUUCUCAGUAUGAUCCAGAUUGCUUGAGAGCAUACAAGGAUCUCUGAGGGUAUUUUUCUUAACAAGGGAGGGUAUAGGGUUCCAUUUUUUAGGGGAGUAAUGGGGAAGGGAUAUUUAAAGUAGGGGAGAGGGAAUGGAGGAUGGUAGAGAUAGGAGGACCAUGUUUUUUUAUUGUAAUGUAUGGUACGUGUAUUGCCUUAGUUUGGUAUAGAAUGUCCUGUGCAAAUUGAGCUCGAGUGGCCCAGAUUUCCCUUGCAGUGCACUGAGGCUCAUAUACUUACCUAAACAUUUUGGUGUCUCAUCUGGACUAUUUUCAGUGGCCACAGAGAUGAGUAGUCAGAUUCUCAUGGGUAUUUUUUCUCACUGAUAACAAAAUCUUUGUAGUCCUUGUUGAGUGAUCAUUGUAAUCAUGUGAACAUGCUUGAAAUCCCCAACAGAACAUUUAUCCCCAACAGAACAUUUAAGUGUGUUGAAAGUAGUCAAGGUAGAAUACCAAAAUGUUAAGGGUGUGUUUAAUAAUGCGAGUGCGAGUGUUCAGGAAUAGGUGAGGGCCAUAUGGGUGAAAGAGGCUGCCUAUACUACUCUUCAUUAAAAAAAAGACCAUGCUUAAGCAGAAGAGGAUAAGGAGCAAUAGGGAUUUCUCUUUGUUGCUGGCAGAGAAAAUUCCCUUUUCUGCCCCUUUACCUUAGGCCAAGAAAACAACACCCUGUGAAAUGUUAUCUAAACACAAGAGUUAUGACCACAGCUAAAUGUGCCUCAGGAAAUUGACAAAAUAGAUCCUGCUGUUGCUUCUCUUCUGCUGGUGCACAUCUUGCUUGCUCAAUAAUGCAAAGAUAGGAGUCUUACUAAGUAUGAGAGAGAGUGGGGGCGAGAUGUUGCGAGUGAAUGCGGUUGAAUGGGGUAGGGUCAACUCACUCAGUAUUGUGAGCUGAGGUGAACUACUUCCAUCUGGUGGUCUGUGGUGAACUCUUUCAAUCUUGUGGCCUUUCUCCAUUUUAAGAUCUUCCAGCUUGGGAGGAAAUCUUGCCCAGCAGCAGCAGCAGUGAUGGUGCUCAGUAAAAGCAUCAAAUCCAUCAUCAGCAGUAUUGAAUCUUGCCAUACUUGUGUGUCACAUGAGACCAUAGAUGCUCCUUCCCAGUGUUCAUCUUACAUCCACAGACCACACGUUCUCCACUCUCUCCAUCCCUUGGUUUCCACACUUGGAGCUGUUGCUCUGCUUUUUACCCAAAUUUUCUGUCAGCAAUCGAGGAGAAUCAUGACAUGAGUUUACAAAUUCUCAUACCUGCCAAAAUUACUUGACUUUGAGAAAACUUGCAUUUCAGGACAUCAUGGUAUCAAGCCAUUUGUUCAUGAAAUCUGGAAAGAACUCAAUUUCUGUUAAUCUAAAAUUUGGUGAGGUUCUUGUGUGGCUGUUGGGGAGGGAUUUAUGAGAUGAGUGAUUAAGAUGAACUUUGAUGAGAAGGAUGAUUGUUCAGAGGGAGGAGACUGUUAAUGUCAGUACAGCAUUAACAGCCAAGUAAUUUGUUGUAAAAACUGCACAUCACCUGUCCAGCACUGAUGAUGUGGUCUCAGUGUGGGCAGGCAGUACAAUGCAAUGUUGUUAUGGAUGUGAAUAAAAGUUUGUGGUUGAACAAA